GGGGGCCUGCUCCUGCCUCUCCUUUUCCUGGGGACAGCAGUGAAAGCGAAAGCCAGAGAGAAGUUGCUGGGAAUCCAUUUUAGUCUCAGGGGACAACAACCAUGAGCACAGACAGAUCGAUGUGGCCCUGGUGGCAGCCCCUGAGCCGUCUGCCCCUUCCUGGGGUCGUCCUCCUUUCUUCCCUCUUUGUGCCAUACACAGUGGAUCAGACUGGCACCAUGGUUGGAGUCAUCCUGGGGAUCCUGAUGGGAGCAGGAGCCGCAGCUGCUGUAGCUAUUUACUUUUCAAAGAAGAGGAAAAAAGAGGUGCAGGAGCCAAAGCGGUGCCUGCUGGGCCAAGAGGUGACCCUACACUGCUCCAUGGAGGGGAUGUUCCCUGAGGAUGUAGCUGUGAUGUGGGAAAGGAUCCACAGUGACGACAGGAUGUUGCCUGAGAGCGCUGGGGAUCAAAAGAGCCCUGAGCACCGGCCGCUGUCACCUGCCCUCCCCGAGGGCUGGAGAGUGACAGAGGAGAGAGCUGGGACCUGCCUCACAUCCUACCUGACCUUCACCCCCACGGUGCAGGAUGAUGGGGCGCAAGUCCGAUGUGUCUUCCUCCAUGAAGCCAAAGGGAUCAGAGAGGAGCGAGUGUCCCCAGAGAUCCGGGUGUGGGCCCGGCCACAGGUGUCUGAGAUCCGGGUGUUACCAGAGUGGGACCCCCGCGACAAGGUGCCGUUCGCUGUUCAGAUGCAGAGCUUCUACCCCAAGGAGGUGCCCCCGAUCCAGUGGGGCUGGGAUGGGGACGGGAGCUGGAGGGAAGACCCUGCCCGGAUAGACAAGAAGGCGGACGGCACGUUCACCGCGACGAGCGUCUGGAGAGUGCCCAGUCAGAGCCUGACCCGGCCAGAUCUGCGAGUGCAAGUGUGUGUUCAGCGUGGCCCUGGAGAGCCCCCAAGCAAGAGAGAGCUCAGCCUGAGGGAUGCAGGUCUCCUGCGUCCCCCAGAGGUGUCUGAAAUCUCCCAGCCCAAGUCCAUGGCCAAGAGGAAGGGAGUCACCCUGAGCUGCCACAUCACGGGGCAUUUCCCAGGGGAGCUGAGCGUGACCUGGCUGCGGAGGGGCAAGGGGGAGGCUGCUGCUGUGAUCCUGCAGGGCUCGGCUGAGUGGAGGGUGGAGCCCGGCACGGCCGUCCUGGCACGGGACGGGAAGAGCUUCCAGCAGGACACCAGACUCACCCUCUUGACCUCAAUGAACCAGGGGGCAGAGUACAUCUGCCGCGUGGGACACCUUGCCCUGGAGACCCCCAUAGAGAGGAGCACUGCCUACCAUCCAUGCCUUCCAGAUCUGGGGGAAGUCUCCCGCCUGCAGGCCCUGGUCCCUGGGCAGCCAAUGAAUGCACAGCACCUUCUAUCAAGAUCCUACCCCAGGCAGGUGGCAAUGACCUGGCUGCGAAAGAGAGCAAAAAGGAAGGAGGCAAAGCCCUUGGAGAGCUUAGACCUCCACAGGAUCCACACUCCUGCCCCCAGCCGGGCACCAGAUGGGAAGUCCUACAGCAUGGAGUCUGAGCUGCGUGUCCCGCCCACGGGGCCUGAGGAUGACAGGGUUAGGUACCAGUGCCACAUGGAGCAUGAGGCCCUAAAGAAACCCAGGUCCAGGUCCAGUGGGCAGCUGCAGCUCCAAGGUCAUUCGGAGUCCCCCAGAGCCACCAAGAGCUGAGGAGGGAGGGAGCAGCCGAAGACAGAGGCAAUGUCACCAGCGCUGCAUCUCUGCCCCACCCAGGAGAUUCCAGGAUGCUUCCCAGAGCUGAGCUCUGGAUGGGAUGCAGGGCCCAGGGUCUGGCUCAUGACUAGAUCCUGGCUGGGUCAUCCCCAGGCCUCCAAUGGUGAAGGCUGCUCUUGCCAUCCUGCCUCCCACAUGUGGUCUGUGCGGUGGGGCUGGGCAGGGAGCCCAGGGCUGGAGGCUGUCUCUCCUUGUCUGUCCAUGCGUGGCCCAGGCCUGUGUGGCCCCCAGGCUGCCAGAAUAAAGAUGACAGUGCUGAUGA